AAUUCGAUUUGCAAACAUCAGAUCUCAAUGAGUCCAUCAGCCUCGUCCAGUAGCAAGGAAUCUGGCACUGCUAGACUCUUGGGUGCUGCAACUUCUGGAAUCCUUGAACUUCUUGGAUUUCAUCCUAUUGAUACAGUUGCUAAACGACUCAUGAACAAUCAAACAAAGGCUGUUGGUCAACACACUUUUCCUGAGCGUAUGGCAGAGCUAAACAAAGUCAUCUUCAAGGAUGCUGCAUCAAAAGGAACCUUUAAAAAAUACUUGUCCUUGUUUCCAGGUCUUGGGUUUGCUGCUGGAUACAAAAUCAUGCAGCGUAUCUACAAAUUCGGUGGUCAACCAUAUGUCAAUGAAUACUUGAACAACAACCACAAAAAAUCAUUUCAGUCUGCAUUCGGAGAUGCUCAUGCCAAGACAAUUAUUCAUGCUACUGCUGGAAGCAUGAUUGGUAUUGGUGAAAUUGUUCUUUUGCCAUUGGAUGCUCUCAAAAUUAAAAUGCAAACCAAUGCAGGAAGCUACUCUGGCCAAUCAGUCGUUCAGAUUAUUCGCCAGGAAGGCUGGGGUUUAUAUCGUGGAGCAACAUGGACUGCUGCUCGAAAUGCUCCUGGAUCAUUCGCUCUUUUUGGUGGAUCUGCCAUUGUUAAAGAGUAUUUGUUUAAACUCGAAGAUUACAACAAGGCCACCUUUUUACAAAACUUUGUUGCUUCAAUCAGUGGUGCCAUGGCUUCUAUCACCAUAUCUGCACCUUUGGAUGUUAUCAAAACCCGUAUCCAGGCAAAAACUGCCUCGCAAGCACAGGGUGGAUGGACAAUUGUCAAAGAAAUGGCAAUGAAGGAAGGCUUUGGAUCAUUCUUCAAGGGACUUACGCCAAAGAUUCUAGUUGUUGGCCCAAAACUUAUUUUCAGUUUUACUGUCGCCCAACAGCUUAUCCCUUACUUUGAUGGAUUGAUCAAGAAUUGCUAAUGAAUUUAUGCUUUACAUACUUGAUCUAUGCAUUCAAUCUACAUGUGAAUGGGUUUUUGAAAUUCCAACAAAAUAAACAUGAACCCCUUUACUUUUCAUG